GUUCCGUUUCUCGCACUGAGUAGUGAAUUACUGGAAUUCUCUACCGGAACACGUAAUAUCAUCACCGUCUGUUAACAUAUUCAAAACGAGAUUGGAAUUUCACAGUAUUACAAACUGCAAGGAUUAAUAUAUGUCGAAAGACCUCCUAUCUUUAUUACUGAAGACUGAAGACUGAAUGUUGUUUUACUACCCUAUAACAUAUAUAUCGUGAAGGUGAAGAGUAGUAGGAUUUUGGUACUAUGGAGUCAAUCUGAUGAUUCUGGAGCACUUAUUACUCAUAUCCUCUAAUAUAUAGAUCGUACAUAUUUCUAGACAUGGAUUUUCUUACUCCUGAUAAGAAUGUUUGCAGUUGUGAUUUACGAGCUAAUGUUAAAAACACUUCAACUAUACCUCCAGGAUACGUCCCUCCUCUCAUUCGAGGUCUUAGUUUAGAAGAUUCUGUGAAAUCAACGUCAUGGUCCACUUCAAAGCACAAGCCACAUUCCUUAUAUCUGGGGAUUAAUCAGGGAUAUAAUGACACCAGUUCACUGGAUUCCAUUUUCCCGCAACCAAAUACUUCAAAUCAAAGAGCCACAUCAAACAUAUCGAAGAUAAUAACAAACAAUAAAUCACAUCGAAGUAAAUCUUCAACUGUUCCAAAUGUCAUGAAAAUUGUACGUAAAAGUUAUGAUACACUAGAUGUUGGUAGAAGUCGUUAUGAAAAACAUUUAAAAGUUGAUCCUGAAUUAAUUGCUCAACAAGUCACUUUAAUUGAACUGGAAUACUUUCAAGCAAUCGAAGCAGAUGAAUUUUAUACAUUAAAAUGGAAUAGUAAAGAAAAACUACAAUAUGCUCCAAAUAUUGUUGCUUCUACAAGAUGGUUUAAUCAAAUCAUAUUCUGGGUUCAAAAAGAUAUAUUAAAUGAGAAAAGUUUAUCGAAGCGAACAGAAAUAUUAUCACAUUUUAUACGAAUAGCAAAGAAACUAGUUGAUUUAAAUAAUUUCUCAUCAGGAAUGGCUAUUGUAUCUGCUUUACAUAUGCAAUGUAUUCAUCGAUUAAAUGCUACAUGGUCUAAUUUAUCUUCACGUGAUCGUCAUAUAUUUCGAAAAUUGUCAGAUUUGUUUUCUCAAGAAGAAAAUUUUAUUAAUCUUCGUUCAGCUGUAGAUAAUUCACGUCUUCCAUGUAUACCAUAUUUAGGUGUUUAUCUUUCUGAUUUAACUUUUAUUGAUGUGGCUGCAUCAUCAUCGUAUAGUCGUCGUGAAAAUAGUACAUGGACUAAUCAAGGUAAACAAGAUCGAAUUAAUAAUAUCUUACGGAUUAUUGCAAAUUUUCAACAAUCCAACUAUCCUUUUGUUCGAAAUGAAUCCAUAGCCAGUUAUUUGGAAGCACAACGUUACAUAGAAGAACUUCAACGAUUUAUUGAAGAUGCAAAUUAUAAAUUAUCUAUUCAAUUAGAACCUCCACCUACAUCAUCUCCACCAGAUGUAUCACGUCAAAAUAAUGUCCCACCGAAUUAUUCAUUUUUAAGUAAUAAUGAUAAUAUAUUAAAACCUGUGCCAAUUUAUAAUUGUACAACAAACAUUACUUCCAAUUGUGAUACAAUAACAACAACAACAACUACUACUACAUUGUCUUCCAUUAAAACUACCACAUUAUCAUUAUCCUGUAAAACUAUAAAUAACAAAACAACAGGAACAAGGCAUACUAACAAAGGUAAUCCAUCUAAUUCAACAGUGAAUCAACUUGAAAAACAAAUCAAAUCCAAUUCAAUAUUAUACGAUUUACUUGAAGCACCAAUUAUACCUCCACCACCUUGUGUUAAACAAACAUAUUCUCAAGAAGAUAUUUCAAUGCCAUCAAGUAUUCAUUGUUUAACAUCAAACCAUUCUGUGGUGAAUUCAAUUCAACGGCCUCGAAAACGACCAACUCAUCGAAAACUAGGCAGCUGGGGAGGAUUCGGACUAUUAUUCUGUGAUAAUGAUACAACACCGACUAUUGAUAAAACUGAAAAUAAACAAAAUUUAUCUACUUCAACUACUACUACUAAUACUGGUAGCAGUAGUCAACUUUUACCUCGGUCACCACGUUUUAAUAGGAAUAUGAAAUUAUCUUUUGAUAAUGUUGAAUCUCCGAAAAAUUCCUUAUCCAAUCACAACCAUGGAUUCAUCAACAAAUCUUCACCUACAAUACUCAAAAAAUAUAUGAAUACUAAUAAUAAUGAUAAUAAUAUUAAUACCAAUAUCAAAACUUCUAAACAACGCAAUGGUGAUAUCAAUUUAAUGUUUGAUCAUUCAUCGUCUAAUUCGUCGACAUCUUCACCUCACCUUCUUGUAUUCACUGAUUGUUUAAACAAUCCAGAUAAUAAUAAUAAUAAUAAACAAUCAAUAAAAAAAGAGCAAAUGAUUUCUGGCAAUUCAUCAUCAUUAUCAUCACCUUCAUCAUCGCAUAAUUCUGUCAUUGAAUUACAAUGUAUUAUGAAAUCAAAAUCAAAGGAUUCACAAAAUCAAUCAUCUAUAUUCUUUCAUGAUAUAUUCAAUGCAAAAACUGCUCCUGUUACACCAUGUCGUAGAAUAAAACAACAUCAACAUAACUAUACUACUAAAAUAUCAGAUACAGGAAUAUCAAAUUAUGAACCGAAAAAGUGUACAAAUAUCACUACUACUACUACUACUACUACUACUACUACUACUACUGACAAUGAUAAUAAUAAUAGUACUAGUAGUAAGCAUAAAUCUUCUACAAUGCUUGUUACUAAUACAUCAUUUAAAGAUUUCAAUAGUGGACAUUAUCAAAGAAAGAAAAAUCUAUCCUAUUGUAAUGCAUCUACUGAACGUAAAUUAACUACAAGACUUUAGAUUAAAUUGAGUUAUUGUUUUACUUUCUAUUCAUUUUUCAACUAUGUUGACAUAUACAACUGAAUUAGGAAAGAGAUAGGUAGAGAGAGAGUGUAAAAGAAUUAGAUUAAAUCCUAUGUGUUAUGCCUCUCUCCCCCCCCCCGAAUUUUCUUUUUCUCUAUGUAUUUAAGGUGUUGUUUUUUUCUAGACUCUGUACAUACCGAAGCAUUUAUAUGGCCUAAUAUAAUUAAAUGUACAUAAUGGGAAGAAAAUCUCUGUUGCUAAACGAUUACUUCAUAAUUUUCCACUUAGUAAUUCACCUUCAAUACUCCAUCAAUCAUUGUUUAUAUCACCUCAAAAAGAUCAUUCAUUUAAUAUUUGUACUACAUCAUUAACAAAUCAUAUUGAUCCAAUUCAUUAUCGUCUUUCACAAACAUUUCCAUUUGUAUUGCCUACAUCAAAAAUAAGAUCAUCAUCGUUACAUUUACCUAAGUUAUCAUCAUAUCAACAACAAUCUCAACAUUAUUCUUCUACAAAUCUAUCUCAUUUAGCCUUAGCUGCUCUUGCAGCUGCCCAAGUAACAAUUUCUAAUAAUAAUAAUAAUAAUGAUUAUAAACAUAUUACACAUGAUGAGAAUGUUACUUUUGUUCAUCGUCAUCAUCAUUCCCCGGUUUUCAUGUCAACAGCGAAUGUUUCUCAUUCACAAUCCUCUCCAGUAAACUCAACUUAUUUAAAUAUAAAAUUAGCAAAUAAUUUAGAAGUAAUUCGAGAAGGUCCUUUACUAUGUUGUACUACCUCUUUAACAUCAUUUAAAAUUGCCAAGUUCCAUAAUUCAUCAUCAAUCAGUAGUAGUAAUACAUCAUCAUCAUCACCACCACCACCAGCACCACAAUUGUCAACUUCAUUUACAGAUCAUUCCAAUAUUUCCACGAUUCCAUUUUGUCAAACUCUUCAUAAUAUGAAUCCAUCAACUUUGGAAUUACAAGUAAAUAAUAAUCAAUCACCAAUAAAACAACAAAAUAAGUUAAAUAUACAUUCACCACCUACUAUUACUGCUAAUCUUUCAUAUUCUUAUUCACAAACUUCUUUAUCUUCCAUGACGUCUACUUCGUUAUCGUCUUCCUCUUCUUCGUCUUCCAAUAAUAAUAAUAAUAAUAAUAUCCAUGAUGGUGAACAAUCUACAGACUAUAGAAAUGAACAUUUAUCCCCUCAAUUAAUUGCUACUAAUUGUCAUUGUAAAUAUUUAAGAAAAUCUUUAUUUUCACGUACAUUUUAUAAAAAAUUUAAAAAUUAUUGGGCUGUACUACUUAUUUCAUUAAAUACUAAUAAUCAUAAUGAUGAAUAUGCUUUUUUAGUUUUAUUUAAAACUCAUACAAAACAAUUAAUUUCAUGGUCAUCUAUUUUAUCUUCACAAUUGAAUAAAACAAAAAUGUAUAAAACUCAACUUCUUUUCAACUCACCGAAUUAUUAUUCAGCUAGUCGAUGUAAAGUCUUACGUAUACAAGAUGCAUGCUUUGAUAAUAAUAAUCAACCUCCAUUGAAGGGUCAUUGUAUUCAUCAAACUGUAUUAGUUUUAGAAAAUCAUUCAAAUAAAGAGAAAGUGUAUCGAUUAAUGUCUCCAAUUGCACAAUAUUCAUGUAUACAAUCAAUGACAUGUAAAAAUUCAAAUAGAAGUUCUUCCAAAGUUAUGGAACAUGCUGAUCAAUUUGGUGUUGCAUUGAAUUCUGAUAUUCAGAUUACAAAUAAUACACAUCGUGAUCUGCUACCUUCUUGGUCAUGGACUACUAAAACGGUGCAUCGAUUCAGUCAAAUAAUUAAACAAAAAUUUGGCACUAUUUCAAAAAUAAAUCGAAAUAAAUAUGACUUGUCAUCUAACAUAACAACAACAACUAACAUUCCUCCUCCUCCUCCUACUAAUACUACUACAAUUACUCCUACCACUCCAUCAAAUGAUUAUUUAUUAAAUAAAUCAUUCCAAUGGCUUCUUCCAUUACUUACUCUAUUUCCAUCUACCUCACAACAAGUAUCUAAGCAUAUGUUUCAAACACCAUUUCUUAAUUUAUCCACAAUGGAAUGAUCUCAAUUUUUAAAACAUUCUCU